UAUAAGUGGAAGUGAUGUGCUGGCAUUGUUGGGGAAAUUUGGAUCAAAGUACCUCAAAAAGAUCGAUUCCGUUGCCCUGACGUCGCUGCUGCAGCCAGGAUAUGGGAAUGCAGAAACAGCUCCACUAAGUAACAGAUUUAUCCUCGAUAAACAAGAACAGUACGGCGCAAGGGAAAAAAAUGGGCAGGAAGGAUGCCAGCGCGACCAACUUACCAGUUGAUCAAUACAGAAAGCAGAUUGGCAAGCAGGACUACAAGAAAUCCAAGUCCGCCUUAAAGGCAACGCGGCUGCACGCCGAGGCGAAGAAGAAUUCCUCUGUAUUGAGGGAUGCAUUCCUGGUCGUCGCAGCGAUCGUUCUCUUCGUGCUCUGUGUUUAUGCCUUCUUCUACCUUAACCUGAGCACCGAGCUCAACCUGGACGUGGACAUGGAUUAAAGAAGUGCCGGGAAGAGGAGAGUUUGCAGAAGUACUGGCAGCCAACGUUGGCUGACGUUGGCUGACGUUGGCUGACGUUGGCUGAUGGCGGUCCGUACGUCCCCUAAAGCAAACGCUGCUCGGUUUGGGAGCCGUCGCAUCCUGACAGACUCAUUCUACACUUGAUUUGCAACACGGUGACGACGAGUAACGUUUCAGGGGACUUUUUUAUCUCUAAUUAUUGUCAUAAAUGCUUUGUUUUGCCUUCUACAUCCUUUGAUCAGUUUGUAAACUACAAGGAAACUGCAGCGAUUGCUGGACUUUGAUAUAUGGAUUUAAAGAAUGCCAUAAUUCAGUGGCUACAAUCACGUCUUCGCACAUUUUUGCAGGAAACACUAUGAUCUAUUCAACAUAUUCAGGGAAGAAUUUAAUUAUUUUAUUUUUUUAAACACAAAUGAUCCAAACUAAUGUUGAGACUAAACCCUGUUAAUCAUGAUCCCCAAGUCACGUCUCACUGAUAUCGAAAUGUGAAUCUGCAGCUAUUUUCACACUGAGACAAACGCUGGCCUCACAUAGCAGAGCAUAAACCCCUCCUCCCAGAUAUCAGAGGAUCACAAAGUGUGAGAUUAGAAUCCACAAAACCCUCGCCGCGAUUGCACGUGUGCGCUGCAUACAGAGCAACGCAGCGCCCCGCCCACACACGCGGGCGGCAUGGAAACGGACAUCCUCAGGAAAAUGCAAAUAUAACCUGGCCCUUUUGUUUGAAUGUAAAUGUUGGCGGAGAGGAGAUGAGCUUUUAUAUGUUCUUCCAGAAAACAUGGUAAUGUUUUACCAUCCUGUGCAUACAUGCUUUUAUUUUUCCGCAGAGGAACAUGAAGGUUGGUCUUUGUGUCUUUUCCCACUGAUUUGCUCUUUGUGCUGCAGCGCUGCGAGGUGCAAGCACCGACCUUCCCUCAGCCAUUUAAGUCCACGCGCUUUCACUCAGAGAAACGGUUUAUAAAAGACAGCAGAGUCAAGGACUUUUUAUUAUCAUACAUAUGCAGUGUUUUUGUAUGAAAUUGUCCUUUUUUUCCUUUUUUUGUUUUCCCCUCAUCCAUCAUUUUUUCCUCGUGCAGUUAUAACUUUUUUCUCUCUAUUCACGUAGGUCAGCCAGGAAGAGAUAGUUUCGGCUGUGACAAGUCUUUACAAAAUACCGCUACCAAACACAAAAGACACAAAAAACAGUUUUUCUCAAGAGAGUUUUAAUAAUGAUUUUUUUUUUUUUGAAAAAAGAGUCUUAAGUCUGUGCUUGUUUUUGUCGCAGUCGUCGAUCGAAGUCCUGAAAUGUGAGACAGAUUUUUGAGCUUCCAGCUUCAGCUUUUCCUCCUCUUCUCUCCCAUGACCUCCUGACCUCCUGUAAAAGACUACAUGUCAAAGAAACCAUUAUGAUAAGCAUGCACCCUCACCCGGCAGCUUUUAUCUGCGCCCCCCCCUUCAAACCCUGAGAUUCUCUCGCAUGCGUAACAAUAAAAAGCCUUUUUACCGAUGAACCUUCACACGCGACACCUGUAACCUAAAAGGUCACGAUUAUCCACUUUGAAAGAAAUGUUGCGUAUUUCUAAUGCUAGUAUGAUAGUUAGUACUAUUAUUAACAAUGUCUGUGUCGUAUAAAAAGUUUUUAGUUGUCUUUAUGAUGUGUGAAAUGCUGUUUUUUUCUAUGGUUGAAUUGACUGAAUUCAGUGUAAGGACAUGUGCUUCUCUGCAAUAGAUAAAUGAAGAUUAAAAUACUU